AUGGUGAACUGGUCAGAUCCCGCAGUCAUAGAAGAAGACGAGACAGCCCUUGGAAAACUAGGCUUAGUGUUAUUGGGAAUAUAUGGAUGGGAGUAUUUAUUGACACUCCAAGCUGAAUGGGCCUUGAUUUCUCGCCGUCUAACGUUCAGAUGGCCCCUCGUUCCAUAUUUCUUAGGGAGAUAUAGCUUUUUGGCAACUGUUAUUUCGCUGUAA